UCAUCGUCUGCUGCUCAAAAUCAAAAAUAUGAAGAAACGUUAAAACCAAAAGAAAAAAUUACAAAAAUGGAAACUAAUAGAAAUAAAAAAGAAGAAAGAGGGUUUAAUAGAAAAGAAUAUAUGAAGGAAUAUCAUCAAAAGAAUAAGGAAAGGCUUAGUGAAAAUCGGCGAAAUUACUAUAAUAAGAAUAAAGAAAAAGAACAUCAAACCAGAAAAAAAUAUUAUCAAAAAAAUAAAAAAAGGAUAAAUGAAAAUAAUACAGAAUAUAAUAGAAAAUACAGAUUAAGAAAGAAAAUUGAAAAAGAAUCUCAACAAAAUGAUAGGUUAAGUCAGGGUGACCCUUUUAUCACGUUUAGUGGGCCCCUUUUUGACUUUUUCACCCCUUUUUGAUUUUUUCCCCUUUUUCCCUCUUUUCUACAUGCCAUUUUUUACCACCUUUUUAUACCCUUUUAUCACGUUUAGGGGUCUUUUCCUCUUUUUUGC